UCUCUCCUCUGUGAAGUCGGCAGCAAAUGUGGAACCGCUCGAACUCGUCGACAGCCCAAUGGUGGAGGUAUUUUCUUCAACUGGUGAUGGCGAACUCCAUCAGAGCUCUUCUGCCACUGAUUUUGACUAUUUCUGCCGUCUCUGCAUCGGACCAGCCAGGAACCACUAUCUGGUAGACGGACUCUAUGCCUAGAAGGCGCAUUCUCUGUGUCGAACUCUUGACAAUUCACAGGAUCUCGAAGAAAAAAUUCUCUACCAAUACAAUAAUUGAGUUUGAAUCGCACAACAGCAAGAAGACCUAUCUCACUUUCUUUGCCUUUGAACGUUGACUGCGGAACCACCGGCAAAACUGCUGGAUAUUUGAGCAUGACAUGGGUCGGUGACGAACAGUAUGUAACGUCGGGCCAAUCUGCGACGGUGAGGAUCGACCACAACCGCAUAGCGCCACUCACUACUCUUCGGUACUUCCCUGAUCAGAGAAAGAAGAACUGCUACUCCUUCCCUGGCGUGGGCCAAGGCAUCAAGAUCCUUGUUCGCACUUGGUUUUACUAUGGCAACUACGACGGCUUGUCCUCUCCACCAACAUUUGAUCUUCUUUUCAAUGGGAACCCCUGGGCGACGGUGUCUCCUUCGGGAGAUAAUGGUUCUGCAGCCUUCGAGAUGGUCCACGUCACCAAAGUUGAAGACGUUAGUGUCUGUUUGGCUCGUACUAAGCCCAACGCCGUUCCCUUCAUCAACUCUCUUGAAAUAAAGAAGCUGGAAGAUGACAUGUAUGCUUCCAUGGACACCGACCGGCCCCUGUACGUCAACGGCAGAUUUGCCUAUGCAUCAACAACCGUUGUGAGGUACCCAGAUGAUCCCUAUGAUCGACUCUGGUUUCCUUUUACCAACUAUUCAACAACCGGGUUAAGUCCGGUGAGGAGGAGUUCUGACCCGAUCUCCAACCUAGCAGACAGACCACCGGCCGCUGUUCUGCGGCAGGCAAUUACGCCAUCAUCCAGUCUAGCAUCUAACAUGACCGUCCCCAGCUUCAUAGGGUCGCCGUCUCCGGCGCCUCAUUACGUUACUUUUUAUUUCGUGGAGAUGUUGGCCAACGCCAGCAGGUCGUUCGACAUCUACUUGGACGAUCAGAAAUUUUAUGCCAAGACAAUCGUUCCAGACGGGACUGUGUUGGAACUUCAAAACCCCAACAUCUCACUCUCGACUAGCUCAGUGUUCUCGCUGGUGAGAGCCAAAGGCUCCACUCUGCCCCCUUCAAUAAGCGCGGCAGAGUUCUAUAUGAUCGGUCCUGUUUGGGGCGUCGCUGCAACCGACAGUUCAGACGUGAAGGCAUUGAGUGAGUUUCAGAAGAGUUAUGUGCAACUCCAGCCAUGGAGCGGAGAUCCUUGCCUUCCCAUCGGCUAUGCCUGGGAGUGGCUCAACUGCAGCUCUGAUUCCAUUCCUCGAGUUACUGCACUGUUUUUGAGUGGUUAUGGACUCACCGGCCCCCUUGCGGACUUCAGCAACCUGACUGCUCUUCAAAUAAUUGACUUGCAUAACAACAGCUUGAGUGGAAGCAUUCACGAAUUCCUUGGGAAACUUCCCAAUCUGAAGCGGUUAAACUUGGCAGACAAUCAAUUUAAUGGAUCACUGCCGGCAUCACUUAUAACUAGCAAUUCAAUAGUGAACCUAAACAUUUCGGGCAACAAUUUCUCAGGCAACUCAAGUGACUUUGCCGGCAGCGCAGAGAAGAAGGGCAAUGUGGGUGUAAUAGCUGGAGGAACCAUUGGUUCGACCUUGUUCUUGUUGCUGUUGGUCAUGCUUGCCAUCUUCAUUUUCAAGAAGCGGCCUGCCAAUGCAUCUGCCAAGCCAAGGUCGGCUCUUCUAGAACCGGAGAUCAAGCAGCAUGGCUUCUCUCAUGCUGAGAUUGUGGAAAUCACCAACAAUUUUGAGAAAGUCCUUGGUGAAGGGGGAUCUGGAAAUGUCUACUAUGGUCGACUUAGAAAUGGGUCCGAAGUUGCUGUCAAGGUGCUAAAAGAUACACUCUCACAAGGAACCAAGGAGUUCGUAGCAGAGGCGAAGCUAUUGAUGACAGUUCACCACAGAUUCUUAGUCUCCUUUGUUGGGUACUGUGAGGAAGGUGGAAAUCUGAUUCUUCUCUAUGAAUACAUGGGUGGUGGGAAUCUAAGGCAGCUGCUCUCAGGAAGGAGUAGCACAUCUGCAUUUAUUACAUGGGAGAUCAGACUGAAGAUCGCGCUGAGGGUUGCGACAGGAUUAGACUAUUUACACUCGGGCUGUUAUCCGCCUAUCAUUCAUAGGGAUGUGAAAACAACAAAUAUUCUUCUGAAUGCAAAGAUGGAAGCCAAAGUAGCAGAUUUUGGACUGUCCAAAUCUGGCCAAAAAGAGGAGGGGGCGGAUCUACCAACUGUAGCCGUCAACCCACGCCGAUAUAGUUUUGGCCAACGGGACGAUGUGACUCAGGUUUCCACUGCCGUUGCUGGCACACCCGGAUAUAUUGAUCCUGAGUACUACAGAACGAACCGGGUCACCCAGAAGAGCGACGUCUAUAGCUUCGGUGUGGUUCUAUUGGAGCUUAUAACUGGACGUCCUCCAAUAUUUGCCGAGCCUGGAGAGCGUUUUCAUAUAAUUGGAUGGGUCACACCAAGAAUAGCUAGACGGGAAAUCCACAGUAUUGCGGAUCCUAAACUGAAUGGGCAAUACAAUGUAAAUUCCAUGUGGAAAGUUGCAGAUGUAGCACUCUCGUGCACCUCCGAAACUUCUGAUAGGAGGCCUAGCAUGAUCGAUGUGGUGAACCAACUGAACGAGGCCCUCGAGGUAGAGACUUCUUAUCAACAGCUGACCGAUACCCCAUCUUCAGAGGUUCGAAGUUCACCAACCUUUUAUGAAUUUUCUAGCUCAUCUCUAUCUAGUUCGUAUCUACCAUCAGCCAGAUAGCCUUCCACAAAAAAAAUGUCCCGCAUUUGUAAGGGGAAUCAGCAGGCAAACAGGUCUCCUUGGUGUUUAUAUGAUGGAAACUCGUUUUGUGUAAUAAACGAUUAUUUCUUGCU